AUGUAUAGCCGCAGGAGUGAGGAGGUUACACGCAUCUCGCAGCGGCUGGCGGGCAUCCACAUCCCCGUGUUCUCCGUUCUGGAGUCCCAAAUGGGUGAUCCUGUUCUAUCGCAUUGGAUUGGAGCGGAUGGCGUAGUUGCCGGAACGGCGCUUGGCAGGGUUUCCGCUUACAUAUUCGACAACCCUGUUUCGGCGUCCUAUACGUCCUCUACGGCUGUGGAGACAAAGGAUAAAGACGUUUCAAACACACAACGGGAUCGAUCGACUCCUACGCCGUCGGACACAACACAGGAUAGCAGUACAGUUACCGACGGAAAGGACACCAAAACUGAAGCUGCACCGUCGCCGCCAACAAUCAAUGAAGUCGGAGGCGUGGAACCGCUGGAAGCUUCGUCCGCGAAUCCGGAUGGCACAUUGGCCAUCGAUAUGGCCGACGACGGGUAUGAUGUGGAUGAGGGCGAUGAUUCCUGCGGAUGCGAUGGUUGGAAGUUUUCGAAUUUGACAUCGUUCUUUGUAACCGUCAUGAACUAUAUACGGUGCGGUGGUGGCAGCGUAGAUGCUGCGCAAUUAGACGACGUGUUACCAGGACGGUACACAGUCUUCGCAUCCUUCUCCGAUGAAGCGGUGCGUGCUGUCUUCAUUCACAACAGACAGCUGUAUUGCCUCAUUGGUACGAGUGCAAUUUCUGUUUACGACGUUGAUAAAUAUGCUCUGCUUAGCGAAUAUCGACUGUCUCUGUCGCGCAACGCCGGCUACAAGCAAAUCACAUUUGCGGCUUGCAAGAUCCUGGUGGACUGCAUGCGCGGGUCCACCAUCCUCGAUCCAGUGGCGAAGAAGCAAACUAGCUCUACGCACAGGGUAUAUCCAUCCAACGUGCUAGAUUUCAACGGGACUGAGAUGAUGUGUUACUACCGCAAUGUCAACAAGUACUUUGUGCAGGUGAUAACGCUGGACAACGACGUGGCGAAGAAGGUCUUAUUCUCCAUUUCAAUGCCCAAGAGUGUCUUCCUGGUGACCCACGGCAGGUUUUGGGGUAGUGACAGGCUGGUAGUGGUGACUGACCUGCUAAGCAUCAGCGUGUACAAGUACCACGAAGUCACAGUCCCAAUCGCAAAGCGUCGUUUAAGAGUGGACCUAGUAGCGCUGUGUGGUGGUUUUAGUGAUUUCCUCGCGGUCCUAACGAAGGAUGCGAUGAUAAAGUUACUCCAUGGACACACGCUGGAAACCUUCUUCAGGAUUCCGCUCUACCCCGCAACAUUUGAGCUGGGUUGGCCAUACACGCUAGUCAACUACGGCAACAUAAUUUCGUUCACGUCUGACGAAGGCGUAUACUGCCUCAGACUACCACGCAAGGUUACUGCCGCGGCCAGCCAGUGGAGAGAAAACGGCUCUCUCGGCGUUCACGGCAUACACGAAGAACGACAGGACAUAAACAAUUAA